GCAGAGAGGAGGGACAAACGCUUCCACCUUUUAGGGGUGCGAUUUCCGCUUUUUUUCUCCCGGAGCGUCCGCCUCCUCCAUCUCUAUUCGCUCGUGAGCCCGGCCUGUUGUUUAUCUAUUGGACACCCUCAGGACGGAGUAGUUCGACGUUCUGAUUGGCUAGGAUUGCAUCGCGCGCGCGCACAGAGCCUUUUUUUUUUUUGGCUGGCCUUAAUUCGGUGCGCGGCGCUCGCUUUCAUUUGCGGCCGGUUGUUAAAUCGGCGGCGGCGAUGGCCGAGGGUGACCUCAACCACGUUCCCGACGUGGACAUCGAUCCCGACGGCGUCUUCAAGUACGUGCUGAUUCGUGUGACGCUGGAGGGGGAGGGGCCAGGCAAAGAGAUUGUGCGCGGCUACGCCUGGGCGGAGUAUCACGCUGAUAUUUACGAUGAAGUAGCAGAGGAGCUGGAGAAGCAGGGCUUCCGCUGUAAAUGCUUGGGUGGCGGCAGGAUAUCCCACCAGAGCAGCGCCAAGAAGAUCCAUGUCUAUGGCUACUCAGUGGGCUUUGGCAGAGCCAAGCACUCCAUAUCCACAGAGAAGCUGAAAGCCAGAUACCCCGACUAUGAGGUCACCUGGGCGGACGAAGGCUACUGACGGCAGCAGAUACCACUCCAACGGGUCCUUGACGAACUUGCCUGGCCUGCUCCCUUCCUUGAUGGUGCUGCAUAUACAAACUGCCAAGGGAAAUGGGUUGGUUUUCAUGCAGAUGGAUUGCCAGUGUUGUGCCAGUUCCUGGCUGCUUACACCAAGCCUAUGUAUGAACAGAGAAAAAUAAAUUAUUCCUGCCAUGA